CCGCCUCCUCCCACUCUGCUGUCCGCGAGGAAGGCGCAAGAUGGCUGAUGUCGCUUGGAAGUAUGUUCCCCUCCGCAACAUGAAGUCGUGAGUGUGGAAGAAAGCGAGGGAGGCACCAUCGGGCUUUUAUUUUUAUUUUAUUUUCGUUGUUUUUCUUUUCUUUCUUCAUCCACCCCGUCCAGCGUCGUGUCCCCGGCCCUGUCUCCCCCCCGGACCUGUCUCCCCGUCUCCCCGAGAGGACGCGUCCAUCACGCCGGGACAGCAGCUAGCCGCUAGCGGGAGAGUUAGCCUCGUACCGCCGCCACCGUGUCGGGCUCCUGCGGCCUGGUUCGGGUUCAUCCGAUACUCCACUACACCUCCACGAGAAAAAACAAGCGACAAAUACGCAUAAAAACGCGGAAUCGGCUCCAUUUCGCCACAUUGAUAUCAACUAGUUUAGCUGUCAUCAGUCCGUACGGUUAGCAGCCAGAGCUAACAUUUCGGCUAACUAAUGCGUAGUUUUCCGUCUGGUGUUCAAUCUAAAGGGUUUUAUUAGGAGUAUUUCUUAAAACAUAUGCUAUUUAGUUGUCACGUCAACGAUCUUGUUGGUGUUGGCAACUGUAGUUGCUGAUCUAUUUGGCCUCCCGUUAUCUAGAUGACAAGCUACGGGGCUGGGCGAGCUGUAAACUUUUCUAGCUGUAGCUAGCUGGACUGGCCUUGCUGCUGGCGAUCUACCAGAUCAACUCUGGGAUGGACUAGAGUCCUCCAGGACACAGGACACAGGCCCACCGGACCUAGGCCAACAGUACCACAUCUCAGACUAGUAUCAGGCCUUUUUAAAUCAGUGUCAAGUCUAAUACAUUCAUUCACAAGUGUGCGUGGUCAAACCUUUGGCCCUCUGAUCCGCCGGUUACCUAGUUAACCUAGUUGUUGAGCAGGUCAACUCUUGUUCCACUACACUAAAGACUGGUUAGCAGGUUACCUCCUGGUUCACUACACUAGAGACUGGUUAGCAGGUUACCUCCUGAUCCACUUCCCUAGAGACUGGUUAGCAGCUUACAUCCUGAUCCACUACCCUUGGGACUGGUUAGCUGGUUUCCUCCUCAUCCACUCCCCCAGAGACUGGUUAGCUGGCCCCCAGUGCACAGCUAGCCGACCAUCACACCACCACCACGGCGUACAGAACCCACCCGGAGCCGCCUCCCGGCCACACACACCGGCUGAACAACACCGUCAUGGGAGUGCAGGGUUUCCAGGAGUAUCUAGAGAAGCGAUGCCCCGGGGCCGCGGUCCCGGUGGACCUCCUAAAGCUGGCCCGUACCGUGGGCCGCCAGCCCCCUCAUCACCAUCACCACCACCCACACCAUCCAGGGCCCAUGCCUCCCCCGCCUCCGCCAGCCAGGAUCCUAAUCGACGCGGACUCCGGCCUGCAGCGCCUGUACGGCGGCUACCAGACGGACUGGGUGUGCGGGGGGGAGUGGAACGCCAUGCUGGGCUACCUGGCCGCUCUCUCACAGGCCUGUCUGUACCAGGGGGGCCUGGAGCUCGUCGUGGUGUUCAACGGCACCCUCGGAAAGGAGCGCUGGCCCGAGUGGGCGCGGCGAGCUCAGGGCCAGCGGCAGACGGCCCAGCUCAUAGUCAACCACGUCGGCAGCAAGGCCACCCCGCCUCCCCGGGCCUGGUUUCUGCCCCCGGCCUGCCUCAGCCACUGUGUCCGCCUCGCCAUGUUCCGCUUCCGAGUGCGGGUCGUCCAGACGCUGGAGGAUCACCACCAGGAGGUGCUGUCUCUCUACAGGGACUUUGGCUUUGCUGGCCUCAUAGCUCAGGACUCUGAGUUCGCCCUCUGCAAUGUGCCCGCUUACUUCUCAUCCCACGCGCUCAAACUGAGUUGGAACGGCAAGAACCUCACCACACAUCAGUACCUACUGUCUGAGGCAGCCAGGCAGCUGGGUCUGAAGACGCAGCACCUGCCCUGCUUCGCUGCACUACUAGGGAAUCACAUUCUGCCUGACGAGGACCUUGCUGCCUUCCACUGGAGCCUGCUGGGACCAGAACACCCACUGGCUUCUCUCAAGGUGCGGGCUCAUCAGCUGGUGCUGCCGCCCUGCGAGGUGGUGAUCAAAGCUGUGUCAGAGUACGUCUCCUCCAUCAAAGACCUCGGCAACCUGGAUGCCAUCGCCAGGGACGUCUUCAAGCAGUCCCAGUCUCGCAUGGAGGACAAGGUGGAGCGCUUUAAGAAAGCUGUGGAGUAUUUUUCUGCUGCCUCCAAACCACGAACACUCAACAUGGGGCCCUCCUUCAUUUUACCUGGCUUUGGACCCAAUCCAUUUGGUGGACCACCUGGUCACAUGGGACCCAUGCAACCUGGAAAGAACCAGUUUCCUCCCCCCCAGGUUCCAGGGUUGAAGCCACCCUUUCAAAACGCUCCAUACGGACCUGGCUCCAACCUUGUAUUCCAGGGCCAACCGCCUCUCAUGCAGGACUGUAACGAUUCACUAACGGGAAAGAUGCCUUUCGCUGAUUGGUCGGCUCCCUACGAUUCCACCCAGGGGGGCGGCAGAUUACCCAAUCACCAUGCCGGAGCCCAGUCUGUCCCCUCCCCUUCUCCCUCUUCCUCCUCCGAUGGAGACGAACCCAACGACACCAACGCUAACCAUUUGACGGACAAAUCUUCAAGAUGGGAGGAUCCUUCUUCCAGAGGAGGUUCAGCCCCUGGAGACAAUUCCCAUGGCAAUGGGAGUGGUUCGAACAUUCCGUCACUGUUGUCUAUGGCAACAAGGAGUCACAUGGACAUAACCACACCCCCUUUGCCUCAGGUCAGUGCGGAGGUACUUCGUGUUGCUGAGCACAGACAUCGCAGAGGGCUAAUGUACCCCCAGAUUUUCCACAUACUGACCAAGGGAGAGAUGAAGAUGCCAGUGUGCAUAGAGGAUGAGUGCAACGCUGAGCUGCCGCCCGCCUCCCUGCUAUUCCGGGCCGCCCGGCAGUACUCCUACGGCGUCCUCUUCAGCCUGGCGGAGACCCACCGGCGCCUGGAGAGGCUGGCCAUGCGCAAGAGGGGGCCUGUGGAGGUUCCCCCAGUGAUCGUGAAGGAGUGGAGCAGCGGCAAGGCCAAGUCAGCCCUCACCCCGGAGCUGGUCCCGGCCAUGUGCUUCCGGGAGUGGACCUGCCCCAACCUGCGGAGGCUGUGGCUGGGCCGCGCCAGCGAGGACCGCUCCCGGCGGACCAGGGCCUUCCUGGCCUGCCUGCGCUCCGACUGCCCGGCCCUGCUCAACCCGGCUCAGGUGCCGCAACACCUGCUGCUCAUGUGCUGCGUGCUCAGGUAUAUGAUGCAGUGGCCUGGGGGGCGCAUCCUGCAGAGACAUGAGCUGGACGCCUUCCUGGCCCAGGCGGUCUCCAACCAGCUGUACGAACCGGACCAGCUGCAGGAGCUCAAGGUGGAGAAGGUGGACGCCCGCGGGGUACAACUGGCCUCUCUGUUCAUGGCGGGCGUUGACACAGCGCUCUUUGUCAAUGAUGUGUGUGGCCAGCCGUUGCCGUGGGAACACUGCUGCCCGUGGGGCUUCUUCGACGGCAAACUUUUCCAGAGCAAACUGGCUCGGGCCGCCCGCGACAGAGCUGCUCUGCUGGACAUGUGUGAGGGCCAGGAGGAGUUGGUGUCCAGGGUGGACAAGAUGCGUCAGGCCAUCCUGGAGGGCAUCAACCUGUCGCGGCCCCCCCCACCUCCUCCUCCCCUCCCACCCCCCGCCUUCCUGCCGCCCACCAUGGUCCCCCCCUUCUACCCCAUUCCACCCCUCUACCCGCCCCGCCCGAUGGGCAACAUGCCCCCGCACCACCACCCCCACCACCCCCACCACCCUGCACAGCACCGGCCCAGAGCCUUCCCAGGUACACACUGGCUCCCUGGGUCUAAAGGUCUUCAGUCCAUCCCCCCCCAAGGAGGGAAGUUGGAGAUAGCCGGCAUGGUGGUGGGUCAAUGGGCGGGGAACAAACCAAUCCGUGGGAGAGGGGGGUUCAACAUGCAGGUGGUGUCUGUCGGAGCAGGCAAAGGACGGGGAAAGGAGGUUCCAGCAAAACUACGGGGAGGAAAAAAAGCUACUGCCAAUAGACCACAGACGUCCUCGUCUCCUCCAGCAGGCGGUCCCCUAAAGCCCUCGGAGGAGGCAGACUUUACCCCAGAGGUGGCCACCCAGCAGCUGAACGGCAGCCCAUCAGCCUCUGCCACUGGUCAGCCCUUGGACCUGGCCCCCCUGGCCCAGCCAACCCCAUGUGCCUUAGCCAGCAGAGACAACCAUUCAGAGGGGGUGGAGGUGGAGGCCCCCUGUUGCCUUGAAAACUGCCCGUCAGACGGUGCACUACAGAAGGAAGAGUGACGGCGCCCUCCCAGGAUGCACUGGUUCUGUGGGGAGUGACGUGUGUUCGACUGCCUUUCCCUGUUUUGUAGACCUAUGUUACCUACCCGCUCGCCGCCCGCACCCAGAGGAGGAGGAGGAGGAAGCCUCUCUCCCGCUCCUCGCCUGCCCUGCGUGACGGCUCGGAGCCCUUGGCUGUCCCCACUUCAGUUUCUCAUGUGCUUUUACAUUGUUUCCUAAACCGGUUUUAGCCAUGAAUCUAUACACCCCUUCAAGAUAUACUCCCCAAUGUCCACCAGCCCCACCCUGCUUAAAGACCCGUGACCCUUCACACACUGGCCCUAUCGAUGACCGGCCCCUGUGUACCAGGGGUUCCGGUAUUCAUUUGGAUUUUAUUUGAGUGAUCCCACUGUGUUUGCACACACAGGUGUUUUAGGCUUUCGUGGCGACGGUGACUGUGAUUGGCUUUGGUUUCGAUGACGACAGCAUCUCGGCUUGUUGGGUUUUUAGAUGCGCUGGGAGUUUAUCAAAUACCACAACGGUCUGUCCUAUGCUUGUUUAGAGUCUCACUCUGAAUAUGAACUGGAGGUUUAAAAGAAGGUCUUGACCUCAACAAACCCACGUGCUGUUGACAUGCCUCAUCCUAACCCUCACUGCUGGACACCCUGUGAGGGGUUCGCCACACCGCUGAACACAUAGAUUGCUAGCAUGCCAGCUAACUACUUCGCCCUUUUAGAUCAAUUGGCUUUAUUACUUUAGCACUUCUGCGCCAUCAUUGUACUGGUAUUGUACUUUACAUUGACCAAUGUAGCAUAGCCUAGCGCUUAGUAGUGCAGAAGGACCUGACAAAUAUAUGCACCUUAAGCCCAGAAGUACGAAAGGUCUUCACCUUAUCCCCUAAAAUAGUGCAUUACUACGUUUAACCUGCCCUUUGCCCUACUUAGAAAAAAAGCUUUGAUUGUAUCUCCCAACAGAGAGCACUUAUUAUUGUAUCUUCUGGUGAGGAAUUUGAAUCAGCCCUGAAAUGAUGUCCGAGGGAUGUCCCCUACUCCCCUACAUGAUAAACCAUUACUAGUAGACCUACAUGUUAAGGUAGAGAUCUAUUGGAGAGAUGUCGAAUGUGAACAGAGUGGUCUCCAAGGAAGGAGCCCUUUGUUGUAAAAAAAUAGAAUGCAUAUAUAUAUAUAUAUAUAUAUAUAUCACACAGCCACACUGGACAGUCCGCUACCAGUUGAGAGAAAUAUUCCUAAAACUCUAAGGCACCUUCUGGAAUCAAGGCCAACGUUAUAAUCCUGCUAUCCAGAUAGCAGAUGAAAUGUGAUGCUAGGCAAAACUAGCUUGCAUGUCCACAAAAUAACCGAUUAAUACUUUGCAAUCAACCCUGAGACUCGGCAUGAAGAGUAAACACGGAUUGCUUUAAGUUACAGACAAAGAAGAGCCCAAAUGUUCUUACGUACCAGGCCAGUAGCUGGCAUGCGAUACUAAACCUCUGAUGGUGGAUGUUGCCCUGGUGAUAGGCCGAUACCGAGAGCCAUUGCACAGCAGCGCUCGGUGUGUCACUUGAGAUUGGCAGGAAGGCCAUCCCUUCUUGUGUGUCUCAGCCUCUUGAGUCAGGACUUCAGCGGUCGGGAUGCGUGUCACAUGACCGCAAGGAGGGCCACGUGCUCACCUCUGUUCCUCCGCUCAAUCUGAGACUUUUAAGAUUAUAUAUUCUUUUAUCAGAGCACUUAUGUUUGUUGAGGAUAAAAUAUGUCCCCCAAAGUAGGUUUGACCAGACGGGCAAAAUAUUGACCUAAUCCGCUGUUUGUAGUACUGUGUUCCAACAUUAAUACCAGUAGAUUGACAUACUGGCUUAGACAUGCAGACAAUUAGAAAAGGAUUAACAUGAACUCGAUAGGCAAGUCAACAAGAAGCACCUUAUUUUCUUACCGUCUUGAUGACUUGCGCACUCAAGUUCCACAAAAUCGACUAAAGAACCCUGACAUUGUUGAAGGAAGGAAGACACCGUGUUUAAAGAAUGCACAACUCAAAAUCAAUAGCCUAUCGAUUACUCACCCUGCAUAGCCUGGGGUCUUGAGGAAAAAGGUUUCACUUGCAUUGUUUUGUGGAGAAUAGUCCUCCUUAAACGUCUUCAUACAUUUCUAAUACAACUGUCUGGGGUGGUUCUCGACCAGCAGCCCAGUUGCAGAACCUCUAAGGAUGGCCCAUCACUUCUGCAUCAAAAGGGUUUAGAUCCAUCCGUAGAUCCCUGGAUGCUUAUGCAGCAGGAGUGUAAUGGGGAGGGGGGGGGUGUAACUGCAGCUGUUUUGUUUGAGACUGAUCCCUAAUCCACUUCCAUUGGUCCGUUAUCAACCUCCAUGAGCAGAUGGUAGUGCAACCUUUUUCUUGAACCAUUCCAGUAGAUGAAACAUUUUUGGGUGUUGUAUUUAUUUCAGUAGUCACGUCCGACAUCCUCCGUUAUACAACACAACCGCUAUAGUGACAGGCUGGUGAACCAGCUAUGGCGGAGGCUGGCUGUCCUUGCAGGGCUAGGCCGGUCUCCGUUUCUUUCACCAACACCAAAUGAAAUCCAAGGUUUCAAAUAUCGUAGCCGUUCAUGGUAGGGAUUGAUCAUAGAUGAUGAGAUGUUCUUGGAUGAUGCGCAGGCCACUGCGUCUGAAUCUAUAGAGAACUCUGAAUCAAGGAAUACAAGGCUAGAGAAUAUAUCAAAACUAGCCAAAGAACUGUCUAGAAAUACUAUGAGUCAUGUACUUGACUGCUUUCAACAUUUUGAGAUUAGUACAAGUAUGUGUUUUCCAACGAUACACACUAGGAGACGACUUGUUUUCCUGUGCGAGCCAGAUCUUCUGGUUGACGAUUCCCGCUUGUGACUCGCUCGCCAGAGGACAGAAUUACACACAUACGCAUCCGCACAAACUCACACUCACACACAUAUAUAGGACAUCACACCGACACACAGCUUAACGUUCACAGAUCUGGUUGAAAUGGGGUACGUUCUCCUUUGAUGCUGAAGUGAGAGCAGUUUUUGUUCCCAGUGGAGAAACUUUCUGUUCAUCAGAUUACUUGGCAACGCAGUUAGUGAAAGUGGUACCAUCACAUACACACACACACACACACACACACCAACACAUUAUCAUACAUUCAAUAUACAAAAUACACAAUGCAUAGAUGUUAUACCCUAAGUUACACACUAGCUAGUAUGGAUUUAAAAAUCGAUUCAAUACAUGACGUAGUGUCCCUUUUUAGUCCUCAUUUUAGGGAUCUAGCUAUUUGAUCAGUGAUUUUUUUUUUUAUGCUUGUAAUCCUAAAACCUUCUCACCACGCCCCCCUUUUCUUAUCUCCCCUUCCUCAUUUCUACCCAGUUUUUUUUUAAUACCAAACGUCCCCUUUUCUCUUCAGUCUUUCCCCCAUAGAUUACACCAUUCAAAUAGUCUCACAUAGGCACACACGGUUACUGAUUUAAAUUGCAGUCACACUCGAUUCACAUCCCCUCUUCUCAAACCUAUACCAUGUCUCCACGUCUUCUCCCUCUCUCUGCCCGUCCUCUAGCCCUAGGACCAUUUCUAUUGGCUGUUUUCUUUCUCUUUGGGCUGCCCCGCCCCUUAAUCAACCCAACUAACGGUAAAGGUUAUAUUAACAUUGAUAAUCAGUUUCUAUAUGUAUCUAGCCAGUCUGAAAAAAAGGAAAAAAAAUCUAAACUGUUUUAUUCAAUUGUGUAAACGUGUUUUCUUACUAUUUUUAAUGUUAUUACAUCUUCUAAUCCUACCAUUGCUUCAGUUAGUACUGAAAUACGCUUAGCCAACCUAGAGAUUUGAACUGUAACGAUUGCGAUUUUCCUUAACUGUAUUUUGUAUGGCAUCUUUAGACCACCUCACCGCUAUUAUGUGCGUAAGUAUUGCCCGUUUGAAUUGAAAAUCGAUGUCUGCACACUAUGUUUGAUUCUCAUAUUAUCCCUUAUAGCAAUUUCAUGGUCAACCCAUUCUCAAAGCUGAAUUGUGUGCCCUUGUACAUACCAGCUACACAUCCCAUCUGAACACCUGAGUACCAAAGUAUAGCACCUCCCCCUACCCAUCAUACCUGACAGACGGUUUGCCCUCCAGACAUUGUUUUUUAAGAUUAUAUAAUGGAAACAGACAAGACGGUGGACAUGAGAAAGUUUUUGUGGAUUGUGUAGGGUAGGAGAGUUUUAAUUUGCCACAAAUUUAUUACACGACAAAGACCAGUUGCACUGCAUGUGAGUGAUGUCCAAGAUAACGAUCAGUGAUUAGUGAGGAUUUUGGUAAAACAAAUCUUUCUCUUCUCUGCCCACACUCAUUGGUACGGUCUUCAGUGAACGGUCUUGAGAGCUGUGGGAAUCUCUGUAAAAGUUGACAUUAGAUCUUGAACAAAAUUCCUUGCAUUUGUAACGGAAAAUGUUCCUCCCUAUACUUCUUUAUGUUUCUUUUUGUAGCAUUCAGCACUUAGACUACGCCAUCGUCCUCGCUGUUCGGGAUUGGAAUGCAGUUGAGGUUACAAAAUUGGCGGACAUUAUACCAAAUUAAAGAUUGCCGUCUUUUAGCAGUCCUAUUGAUCUCAAAGCUGGAAAACGUAAACCUAUGAACUAUAUUUUGAUAUUCAUCUGAGGAGAUGAUCUGGAAUACCAGGUCACUUUUUUUUUUACCAGUGACCUGGCAUUCCAUUUUGCAGAACACAUUUUCCUCAGGUCCCACCUUGCAUUAACAUCAAUAUGAAUGUGUGAGACCUUCCUUCUAGGCAGAGGGAAACGGGGCCAAUGGUGGAGGGAGCAGCUUGGUGCUGGCUCCCAGGACCAGUGUCGCUGCCCCGAUAGCAUAAAGGCCUCCUCUGUCUGAUCUGAAGGGACACUUUUUACCAGAGCUACAAGAAGAGUGAAGAGAGCCAAAUGUCCCAGAAAAGUACAAAGUAUGGCGUUCAAUUUGAGAAGAGGCAACACUGUUCAGUUCCACUCUAGGACGUUGUAACUGUCAUUUUCUGUGCUGUCUCACAAAUUGCCCAUUUUAGCAAUCUCCCGAUACUGUCUGUCUCCCUAUACUUCUGCGCCCUCUCAAAUCGACCAACCCCAACCUAAUUUUGUCCCCCUUUGGGUCUCAAGUUGAUCAUUGUGAGCCAUCUGUUGUAAUGUGUAUCACGCCUUCAAUUCAUAUACUUCAAUAACUCGGGCCACCUAAAUUUACCUGUGCUCUGCAGCAAAAAGGGUUUAAGAAAUUAUUCAUAUUAUUAUAGGAUUAUUAUCAUUAUCGCUGUUAUGAUUAUGGUUGGUAUAAUUUGUCAUCAUUGUUAGCAUUAUGGAAGCACCAGACUGUUUGAAGAGAGGCAAGAAAGAAGGAAGCUUUUUUUUAUUUUUAUUAUUCGUCUGGCUGUUGGUGGUCUGAUCUCACAGAGAGGGGGGGAUGGCUCAGAAAGAGACAAGGAUGGCAGUCGGGUUUGUACUGGUUGGGAAAUGACUUACAGUGCUGAAAUAAAAUUUAUUCUUUUAGUAAAAAUUGA